AUGGGAGAUGUUCCUGUACUUCUUCAGGGACUGUACAAUAGUAUUAGAAGUCAAGAUUCUGGGUUUUCUGACUCUGGAGAUGAUCAAACAGAUAUAAUUGAAGAGAUUACAAACAACAUAGAAGAUCUUGAACAAGAUGAAAGCAAUGUAAAUUUGGACAAUGGGACUUAUCACGAAAAUGACCAUGACAGUCAGAAUUAUGGGUCUCGUGAUACUGGAUCUGAAAUCAAAAAAGAUCCAAAAAUUGAAAAUAAAGAGUCAGAAAAAGAUGUUCUGCAGGGAGAAAUUGUUCUUGAUGAUUUGAAAGAUGAUGUUAAUGAAGAAAAUCAUUAUGGAGAUGACUCUAAUAAAGAUGACGAUCAUGAAUUUAGGAUUAUGAACAUAAAUGAAAAUGAGUAUGAAAAGGCCUGCGAAGAUUCGAGGAUUACAGCAAAACAGGAUUAUGAUAAACAGAAUCUUGUAACAACACAGAACAGUUCAGAACAGAAUCUUGUAACUACACAGAACAGUUCAGAACCAAAUCUUGUUCCUAAACAGAACUGUGCAGAGCACAAUCUUGUAACAACACAGAACUGUAUAGAACAGAAUCUUGUUACAAAACCGAACUGUUUAGAACAGAAUCUUGUUACAAAACAGAACUGUUCAGAACAGAAUCUUGUUACAAAACAGAACUGUUCUGAACAGAAUCUAGUUACAAAACAGAACUGUUCAGAACAGAAUCUUGUUACAAAACAGAACUGUUCAGAACAGAAUCUUGUUACAAAACAGAACUAUUCAGAACAGAAUCUUGUUACAAAACAGAACUGUUUAGAACAGAAUCUUGUAACAAAACAGAACUGUUCAGAACAGAAUCUUGUAACAAAACAGAACUGUUCAGAACAGAAUCUUGUCACAAAACAGAACUGUUCAGAGCAGAAUCUUGUAACAGAACAGAAUCUUGUUUCAAAACAGAACUGUUCAGAACAGAAUCUUGUAACAGAACAGAAUCUUGAUCUGAGAGAGAAAAUGAAAAAGAAGGAAAAGUAG